CUUGAGCAAUAUUUGAUCAGGUGGAGAAAUGACAUUCCAUCUCAAGCUGUGCUUUCGUGGCACGAUCUCGAGGAACUGGUCCCCAUUGCAGACUUACUGCAAGAAUAUAUCAGCAACUUUGUUUCGAGCAUCAAGCAUGGAUACGGCAAUGCUUCACUAAAACUGCCAUCUGAAGUCUCAUCACUCAAGCGUAAGAGUUCUCACGAUAAGGAAACUCCCAGUCGCGCAUCGUCCCUCGACACCUCCACAUCUUUUUCCUCGACAAUCUCAUCCCAGCCCCUCGAGGUUUGGAAUGGUGUCCUUCUUAAGAAGUCAGGAGACAUUUACCCUCAUUCUAUGACAUCGAGAAAUGUCAAGAUCAUCGACGCCACCACUGUUCCAACACCAGAAAUGCUCUCAGCCGCCAAAGCUCACCUUGCCGACGGAGUCAAACAAGGUCGCAAGUUCCUGCGUAGGCAGUUUCUGGAACAACUAGCCCUUAUUCCUGGUCCUCCGGUCACUUUUGUCAACGANAAAAACAAGGAGACACCAACUCUCGGCUUCAAGUACAUCCAGGACUACGUCCUUGGCGAGGGCGUCUCGAGAGAUGACGCCGACGCGGUGAAGAUGGGAUGCAAAAGAUGCCGUCCCGACAUGGGUGGUAACCGUGGAUGCGAAUAUACCGCCAAAUGCGACUGUCUGGAGUUUGCCGUUCCUGAUCUCAGUCGUUGCAAAGACGAUGGACAGAGGGAGCAAUACGAAGCAUGGGAGAGAGGUGAGGAAGACUCUGACGGUCUACCCAAGCGCUUCCCUUACAGGGUCGACCCCAUCAACAAGAUGUUUGUGCUCGACUCGUUCUAUCUGGAAAGCAGAAACCCCAUCUACGAGUGCAACGAGCUCUGCAAUUGCGGCAAGAACUGCAAGAACAGAUUGGUCCAGAAAAGCAGGACGAUUCCUCUCCAAAUCUUCAGAACCUCAAAACGAGGGUUCGGUCUUCGCUGUCCUGUCGACCUCAAACGUGGCCAAUACAUUGACCGAUACCUUGGUGAGCUCAUCACAGACGCCGAGGCCAGCGCACGGGAAGCUUCUGGCAUCUUCGACAAAGCUUCGUACUUGUUCACUCUUGACAAGUACGUUGAGGACGAUGAUCAGCAAGGGCUUCGUAGAAGCGAUUGUUACAUCGCUGACGGAGAAAAGAUGGGAGGACCGACGCGUUUCAUCAACCAUAGCUGUGACCCGAACUGCCGUCUAUUCACGGUCAGUUACAACAGAUUCGAUCGUCGAAUCUACGACCUGGCCUUCUUUGCGCUCGAAAACAUCCCUGCUGGAACAGAGUUGACUUUCGACUACAACGAUGUUGAAGAGAGAGAGGCUGGUCAAACCAAUGAUGCUGGUGAAAGCGGCACUUUCGUGAAGUGCUUCUGCGGCGCUGAUAACUGCAGAGGAAAGCUUUGGAUGUGA